CAACAGCUGUGAAUGUUUACAUUGGACUGGGUGAAUGCGAACUUACAUGCCACUCCCUUUUUAAGCUUACUCAUCCACAUCCACAUGAUUGAUUGAUUGUGUUAUGACUUAUGAGAUGAAGCUGUACCGAUUAUUAUAUGGCAUGAAAAGCAUUAGCAAUACGGAGCUUUGCGAGUCCUAGCAUGGUAAGGCUUCUUUAAGCGAUUGUAGAACUCCCCAAACGAUAAGCAUUUCGCUGUCGUCGAAUGUAUCAAACAAAAUCAACAACUGCAAACCUCUUGCUGCUACCAGCAAUAUAAAGUCAUUCAAUCUGAAAUUCAGAAGCGCAUCCUUACCAACUUCUUACCUUCGUGUAAGUCGAUCCUCUCUAGUUUAUUCUUGAUUUGUACAGCGUCUUAGGUCUAUCUUCGGGUCUUCAAGUGAGAAAUAGACUCGAGAGCCAACAAGUGUUUGAUUUGUCUUUCAGUGAUGCGCUCUAGGAUAUUCACCCAUCCUUAGACAAAAUUACUAUCGCAGAUACAUGUCGUGAGGAUAGAAGUUCUUGCUAAUACAUAUGUGGUCCGCCAGAUGAAGGAGCGAUUCACAAACACAAACACAAAAACCACAAUCCCCACUUGUCGCGAACGACUUGAGUCGGCUUGAGAAAAUCAUAUACUAUUUUUGGUUCAAGAUCCAACAUUCUGUUGGCGCUUAUCAUAAUACUCAAUUCUAGAGGAAAUUCUACAUUAAGGGCCCGCAUCUUUGAAGGCAAUUCUUGGGUUCAUACCAAUAGUCUGCGGCACAGAUAGAAAUCGCAAUCCCAUUAUCGAGAUUACCUCAUUUCGUCUUUGAUUUCAGCGACGUUUCCCCUCCAAAGCUAUAAACACCAACGAGCUCGAACAAAGAACUACGUAUUCAAAUAGCUCUGCUACUCAGGACUUUACAAAGUUUCAUGCUCAAUUUACGGAGUUCCAUUGAAUCAACCAAUCAUUGCAUGCAGUUUAUUUGGAUAUCCGCCGUUGCUAAGCCUCACUGACUUGCACUGCCACCGUGCCUGCAAGGCUCACUUCUAAACAAGACAACCUCGCAAUACUUCGAUAUUUUUAGAAGGAGCAAACAAACUUUCGUCAUGGAUUCACAACGUGGAAGGUCUCCAUCUGGAAGUCACCAACAUAUAAGGAAUCAUUCUCUAUCCCCGCACCCUUUCCAAGAUAUGAAUGGAUUAGGCAUUGCUUUGGAUCCUUCGAAUGUCAACAACCACCAACAAUUUCAGGAUAACUUUAAUAACCAAAACACAACACUGCCUACAUAUGUUGGCAACAACGAUUUCUUGAAUCAAGGUCAACAAUUUACCCAAGGCGGACUUGGAGAGACCAAUUUUGCGCCAAGCCAGGCCCAGGACUUUUCCCAGUUCAAACAAGAAGAUCAAUCAUCCUUUGCUCCCCCACAGCGAAGCUUUACCCAGGAGCUCCUGAGUGCCAAUUUCGACGGAGAUUUCUCAUUAUAUCCUAACACAAGUGCACAGAACGAGCAAUUUGAUCAGUCUUUCUUCAUGAAUGAGCUUGCGCCUCAGCCUGGGAACCCGUCUAUCAAUCCUGCAGAAUUGAAUAUGUCAUCUCCCACCCAUACACCAACACCACCAAGUUUAAUGCCGCGUGACUCCCGUUCGCCAUCUUCCACUCAUCAGUCCCCAUCUUUCAACCAGGGCCCCUUCCAAGCAUCAUCACGUCAUUCACGAAACGCAUCCCUUGGCCCAGAGAGUGCUGCUUUCCCCAUUGGGCAUAACCCCGGUGACUGGAGUAUGAUGCCACCGCAAUUCACAGGUCAUCGUAGAACACCCUCUGAAUACUCAGAUAUUUCAUCCGCCGCCCAUUCUCCUAAUUUAGGUCACCACGAUAGCUUUGAUGCGAUUGAGCAACAGCACUCACCAAUGCAACACCCCCAAGACUCUAUUUACCAGGAUGUUCUCGCAAUUGGCUCUUUUUCUUUGGCUGACACAAGUCCUCGUCCUGGUAUCAGUCCCGGUCAUAGUCCUGCAAUAUCACCGCGACUUGGGCCUCAACAGAUACCAAACAUGGAUCAGCAGAGUGCCUUUAUGCUAAAUGCGAGCAAUGGCUUUCCUUCGCAAAACAUCUACAAUCAAGUACAAGAAUCUUUCCCACAGAUGCAACAUAACGGUUCUUUGGAUAUGGGACAAGCGCAACAAAUGGUACCACCUGAGAUAAAUGUAGAAUUUGCGCCGGCAUCGAGGCAGAACAGUUUUGAUCCUCCAAAAUCUGCCCUUGACCAAGACGCGUUGACUCCGCCUGAUCGAGGUAAGUGAAAAUCGAUUUCACAUACACGUGAUUGUAACUAAUUUUUCCAGGCCGUCGUAGGAGAGCUGUCUCGGACCCGUAUAAUAGCCCGCGCGGUCAUAGUCCUUCAGUCACCUCUCCUUUGAUGAGAAAUUCGCUGUCUCCAUCAGGACACGACUCAUCGGUAUCGCGCUCGUUAUCACCGAAUGAUCGAUCCGGAGCAACUUCACCUGGCAGACGUCGACAAUCCACAUCAUCCCUGCCGAAUCGGGAUUAUAUUCUUGGUUUGGCGGAUCCUGAUUAUCAGGCGGCAUCGUCUGAUAAUGGGAGUGCGAAGCGGGUUCAAAAACACCCAGCAACUUUUCAAUGUAAUCUUUGUCCAAAACGCUUUACCCGUGCCUACAAUCUUCGUUCUCAUUUGCGUACACAUACUGAUGAGCGACCUUUCGUCUGCACGGUUUGCGGAAAAGCAUUUGCUCGCCAACAUGACCGUAAACGUCACGAGGGUCUUCAUUCUGGAGAGAAAAAGUUCGUGUGCAAAGGCGAGUUAAAGCAAGCCGGUUCAUGGGGUUGCGGCCGUCGCUUUGCUCGAGCUGAUGCAUUGGGUCGGCAUUUUAGAUCUGAAGCUGGCCGAAUCUGUAUCAAACCUCUUCUGGACGAAGAAGCCCUGGAAAGACAACGAUUAUGGCAAGAGCAAAGAAUGCAAAAUAUGCAUAUGCAACAGCAGCCUAUGGGUCAGGAUCACAAUGGCUUCCCUGUGGAUGCUAGUGGAGCUUACGGCUUACCCGCUGCGCUUCUUGCACAAUAUCCCGCUCUAGCGAAUUUGAGCUGGUCAGAGAUGCCUCAAGGUGAUAAUAACAUUGAUGAUGAUCAUAGUGGCAGGAGCAGUUUCGAUGCUAGCGGUUCCGAGUAUUACGAUGAAAAUGAUGACGGGGGGUACCUUUCUAGUGGUCCCAAUCCACAGCAUGGUUACCCUCAACCUCAGAUGGCGGAAGCAUACAAUACUGGCUACACGAGUGACAUGAGUGGUCGAUAGCUACUUUGUAAUGAUAGUCAGCUUGAUGCACAUACGCAUCAAUUCUUCUUUGUUACUUCACGGGUUGUCGACAUGUAGAGAGGACUUUUAGGUAUUGAUGAGUUUUUUUUUUCUUUGGCGCUUUUAGAUACCACGAAUUCUUCCUGAUCGGUUUUAUGUUAUGGCUUUCUGCGGUGAGCGGCAGAUGCUUCAUAGGUUCUCUUAGUUUAUUGAUUCUUUUUGGAUCUUGAGUGGAAAUGAUUGAUUCAACCUUGCGAGCAGCAAAUGAAUCUUAAAAUGAUACACCUAUAAAAUUAUA